CGCAAAAAUUGCAAGCGUAUUGCUUCAUGACAAAGCAAAAUGGCGGAGUCACGAGAGCAUCUUCAUUGCUAAUUACCUGUGCCGUUCGUUGCCAUGGGCGAAUAGAUGGCAUGUCAUGUAGAAGAAAAGAGCAGUGCUCGCUCUUUUAGUAUAUUUGUUGUGCCCAGACUGAAAGAUCUUCGAAACUUGCUUUCCUGGAACGAUAUGUGUGCCGCCGUUGCCUGUCUGAGUUUUUAGCCCAAAGCACAACGACGGCUUUCAAAAAAAGAAACAAGUUAUGAACAACAUGAAAGCCGUAUUAUUUACAUUUGCUGGGACAUUUAUGUUGCUUGUUUUGAACCUUUGCAAGUUUAAUGCAGAAGAGAACAUUUUGCCGGUUGCUGAGAAAGAGAAUGCAAAGAAUGAGACAAGUAAAAGUCCAAAGAAUGACACAAAAGUUCAGCAGCAAGAUGCCCCAAAUGAUAAUGGUCCAGAAGAGGAAAUUGGUAGAGAGGAAAACAUUGUUCUACCCACAGUUGCCCCAGCAACACCUGUACCAUCAUCUUUCAUAUUGAUUUCAACAUCAGAUAGCUUACAUUCUGUUUUGCAAACUAUAAAACAAAAAUCAGAUGAAAAAGAAGAACCUAGCAUCAUACAGGAAGACGAUUCUCAGAAUUCAAGGAUUCAGAAAGAAAGCCAAGUUGAUGAGGUUGAAUUUGAUACAUCUGGAUCAGAUCUGGCUUCACAGCAGGUUUCUUCUCAACAUGAAACAAAUCAGAAAACUGAAACACCCCAAGUAGAACCAAAGGAUCCCAUGGCUGAGCAGUCUGUUGACAUAAUGAAGUAUAAUGUUGAUCCAGGAAAGGAAGAUGGUGACAUCGAAACCAAAGAUCCUGUAGAGGUCAACAGGGAACAAGAAACUAAAGAAAGUAAAGAAAGGGUUGUUGAAAACAUUACUGAAGCAGCCAAGGAUGUUACAAGAAGUACCAACAGUGCUGAUCAGUUAAAAGGAAGCUUAGAGACUGAAGCAUCAGAGAAAGGAAUUUUAGAAUCAUUUAAAGACUGGAAAGAAAAACUAGAGACAAAUGAGAAAAAAGUAAUUGCAGAAAAUGUAGUCACAAAACCAAUAACAAAGAAAAGAACUUCCAAAAAAACAAAUUAUGCCUCAUAUGAGUGUGGAGCUAAAGUUAUUGCAUCAAAUAACGAGGCAGAGAACAUUGGAGCAAUAUUAAAUGAAAACAGAGAUCUAUAUAUGCUGAACCCAUGUAGCUGUAGUAUUUGGUUUGUGAUUGAACUUUGUGAAAAAGUCAGAGCAGAAACAAUCGAUGUUGCAAAUUUUGAGCUGUUUUCAUCCUCUCCUGAAAAAUUCAAUGUUUAUUUUAGUACCAGAUAUCCUACAAGGGAGUGGGAGUUUGGUGGAAAUUUUAAUGGCAAAGCAGAAAAGACUAUUCAAAGCUUUCACAUGACAGAAGAGUUCUAUGCAAAAUUUGUCAAGAUCGAGAUGGUUAGUCACUUUGGCAAGGAACAUUACUGUCCAUUGAGUUUGGUGAGACUCUUUGGAAGGAGCGAAGUUGAAGAGUUAGAUGAUUCUGAAGACACUUCUCAUGAUCACGAUGGGAGUACUGAGGAUGCAGAGUCAAAUGGAAAUAAAAACGGGGAGCUCCCGAAUGGGGUAAAAGGAGGGGAAAAGAAUUUUUUGAAAAGUGCAACUGAUAUGGUAAUUGGCCUUGUAAAUAAAGCAACGAAGAGUUUUACUGGUGUCGAUGAAAAAAAGCUUAGCAAUAGUACUGUUAAUGGUGAAAGGAAUGCAACAGAACAAGAUGCUGAGAAUAAAACUAUUGAAGGGGAGAAUGCAGAUGCAACAGAAAGGCCAACAGUUAUUCAAAUUGUGGAGACCGAUGAAAAACUUACGAAUGAUUCUAAUGGUAUUGACUAUGAGAGUAAUUCGACUUUGACAGACAAUGGAAAUGCAACAGCAAGUUCCUCAAAACUGGUUAUAUUACUAGAGGGGGAUGAUACGGACGAAGAAGCUGAAAUUAAAUAUUUAAGUAAAAACUGUGUUUUCUAUGGUGAAAUUCAAAACCAACGCUGUGCAGAUCCGAGAAAGAAAUUUUGGAUUGAGUUUCUUUUUAUUCAUAGAAUGUGUCCUUCAUUUUUAAAGACUAAAAGAAAAAUUGAGAUUCGCUCUGUUGGUUCUCAUAACCUUAGCUCUUCUAUGGCACAAAAAAAUCAGACUGAAGAAAAUUUAAGUUUUAUUCAAAGAACUGUGGAAACUAGUAGUGGGAUUGUUUUAACCGGAGAAUCCAUGUUAGGAUUGAAAAACACUGCGUCUUCGUCUGCAGAUCAGGAAAUAACCACUGCCUCCCCAAGCAGCAGCCUUAAUAAAUCAACAACGUCGUCACUAACGAGUAGUGUUAAUGCUAAAAAUGUAUCUAAAGAACAGGAAAAUUUGUCGGCUGCCACAAAAGUGGAAGCUGUACCAAAAACUUCUCAAAGCAAAGUUACAGAACUGACAGAGCAACAAGUUGAUAAAGAGAUGAAAGAGUCUUGUAGUGAGCCACUUCAUGUUAAUCCUGAUCUUUCACAGAUCCUUGAAGCUGCAGAAAGCUUAAAGGCUAAAAAACAGAGAGAGGAUUCGAUGAAAAAAGAAUUUGAAAACAUUAGUACUCAGAAAAGAAGUGACGGUACAGAAUCAGACUCCAAUAAAUUGGCACCGGAAUCAACAGAAAGUGUCCAGAAGGCAACUAGCGAACAUGUGGACGUGUUGUUUAUAAGCUACGAUGAAAAACUAAAAGAGGGUAAAGCAGAGGCAUCCGAGAAGGAGAACCGAGGGGCGGCGGAGAAUCAAACGAAUGAUCCAGAUGCAAAAGAUUUGGGCAAUCUGGAAAAAGAUAGCUCAAAUGACAACAAAACAGAACAGGUCAGAUCUUCUGAAGACCCUGUGGAAGAUCACCAAGCGAUGAAUGGGCACAAGGAACAGUCCUUGAAUGAUCCAGAAAAGAAUGGAGCUUUUGUAGAUGCGGAGAAUGCUGAGAGUUCUGAGCUUUCAACAGCCAAAGAAGCGCAAGAAAGUUCCACGAUAUCUACUUUUGUUGCAGAAAAAACAGUAUCUGUUCAUGAGAAUGCUAUUGAAGAUCUUGAUUCGAUGGGAUUGGGGUCAGAUUUAGACAUGGCUGCUUUUAUAGCACCAUCCUUUUCGCAGCCUGUAAGUGUGAGCCAGAGCUCUGAGAAAACUAGUAGUGAUUUAGGUGUUGGGUUAUUUUCUUCGAACAUUACUGGCAUUGAUAAGCUUAACCUGCCUGUUAGCCCUGCUGCAGUUCUAGAGCGAUCGCUUGAAAGUGACAUGCUUACAGUUCCUGCCACGCAAUCGCUAAGUGAUAUUCCGCAGUCAAAGGAAGAGUUUACUCCACAAAGUAUGCCUAUUGACUUAAAGGAAAGCUUUACCGUUGCCACAGAGCGAUUGGAUGUACCAAAACAGGAAAACACUGAGAAAGUUGCUCCGGGAGACGCAUCAAUGAAAAUUGGCAGUGGUUCAUUUGGGAAUAACAAAGAAUCUGCAAUUCUGAAGUUAAAGAGCAGGGUGAAGGGGCUGGAAACGAAUCUAAGUUUGAGUAUGCAGUACCUUGAAGAGAUGAGUAAGAGGUACGGAACAGCUCUUGAAGAACAGCAAAAACAGUUUAAAGUCAAAAUAAAUGCGCUAAACCUGACGUUGAUAAAGAACAAGGAAAUCAUGGAAAAGCAAGAGAAGAAUUUAGACCAACUAACGAAGCAAGUACUGUUGUUAUCGAUGCAGUUAAGAAACUUGACUGAAGUAAGCAAGGAACAGAAUUUAAAGAUGGCAGAAAGAUACGCGUUUACAUGUACGGUUGAGGUCGUCAUUAUAAUCAUCAUACUUUGGACCUGCAUUCGAAGACCACGUGCUGCCGAGCACCAGUUGGAGCAGCGAAGGCACAGUGCUCCGUCGGCCUACAGUCAUCACAAUGAUCAUGAUACCAAAAGCUUAGUUCUGGCUGCAAGUGAAAACCGCAUUGAUGACCAACGACCGUCCAGACAUGGAUAUCUACCAUCACUGGAAGCUCCUGUAGCAACAAAGCGCAGGCGACCGAGAAAGAAAAGCAAAGGUGCGGAUGAACCGGUGUUUGAUACUUUAGCCCAACUCGAGGCCAGCAGUGCAAGAGAGGCUGCUAUGAUCAGUAAAACUGCAGGAGUCCUGUUCUCCGCUGGGAAGGGAAUCUUCAAUGGACUGACAGGAGCAUUUACAAAGCAACCAAAGACGCAGAUAGCUUCUAGACGAACUCGCGCUCUUGUUGACGUCACAGGGUACGAAAAUAUAAAUGGCUUUGGAAGAUCUCAGAGCUUGGAGACUGUUGAUGAGGACGAGGAGAAUCUUCCUCCGCAGAGGCAUCGAAGCCUUGAUAGCAUUCGUGGAAAGAAGUACAGUAGGAUAGCUGCGAGGUUGUCCGACAAGAAACGAGGCUGAGAUGUGCUAUAUAAUGACCCUAUGAUUAUAAUUUGUUAACUCAUUCUUUUUAAUCAAUAAGGUGGUUGCCUGAAACCUCAAACUGAUUUUUGAGGAUUUGAAAGUUAAGGGCCGCGCUGAUACCGUGCAAAAUGGUGGGAAGAAAGUAGGUAAUUCAAUUUAGAUCAUUUUUAAAAAUUGGUUUUGACUGAGAAUAUUUAAUUGUAAUUUGAUGGAACUGUGACAGUUUUGAAAAUUGGGACUCGCUGGAUAUUUUGAUUUUUUUUAAAUAACACUGCAUGGACGUGAAUGAGACAACGGCAAAAACAUGCACGUGAUUUCUCCGUGGUUCAGAUCUGACACGUUUUGAAAUCCACCGCUAUGCUAUUGCUGAUUUCAGUUUUAGAAUGUCCAGGGAAUUAAGAACACAAUCAAAUGAUUGAAGUAAAAGAAACACUAAACAAUUUUGUGUUUAAACCCCCGUUGGGACUGGUUAUUGAGAAACAUGCCAAACGUUUCUAGAACGUUCCUUUUUGUGUCUGCUGGAGAUGCCAAAGAGUCAUGCGACUAAUUUCAGUGUUUCAUGGCCUAGAUAAGAUGCAAAUAAAUAGAUUCAGUGUCAACUUUUGUCCAGGUUAGUACUUUAUCAUUUUAGUUUAAGCCUUUUCAAAUUAAGGAGAGAACUCUGCGAACUACCCGAGGCCUCGUGUUAGGCCCAAAGAGUCCUCACAUAGAUCCGUUUGUUUUAAAUCGGUUAUGUAUUUAUCUUGAUUUGCAAUAAAUGUGAAUACCACCAUAACAUUUUCAACUCACCUAAUUAUAUUGCUUUUGCACACAAAGUAAAAAAACUGAAAUUAUUUUUGUUAAGCUUCAUUAUUAUUCACAGCUGAAAAUUUAUAGAUUGACAUAUUUUAUCACGACACAAUUCACAACCUGUUUAAAAUUUUGUACUUAAUCAUUAGUUAAUAUUAUUAGUUGAACGUUCUAAAUUUGUGUUAAACUUUCCUUUUUGCAAGCGCUAUUUUUCCUUCAUAACCUCCAUAGCAGUUUUUCGUUUAAUACUUGUAACAGUAAUUCUUUUUAUGUUAUCUUUAAAAAGAUGCCUAAGCUUUUAAUAAAUCUGUAUUAACAUUGACAUAAUAUGUCAAACAUUCAUUGCUUGCAUAUACGUUUUGUAAUAAAAGUGCUCUAAGUACGAGAUUUAAUGAGAACAAUACCUUGA